AUCCCUGUGAAAUGGACAUCUCCAGAGGCUCUCCACUACAAGAAGUACUCGACUGCCAGUGACGUGUGGAGCUUUGGAGUUCUCAUGUAUGAAAUAUGGUCUCUGGGAGAUUCACCCUACUUUAUCAUGACUAAUAAUGAGGUUUAUGAGAAGAUCCAGUCAGGAUAUCGUCUCCCUCCCCCACCUGGAUGUCCUAGAGCUGUCUAUCAGACCAUGAUCUGUUGUUGGCACCCAGAGCCACACUCCAGACCCACUUUCCCCGAGGUUCAAGUGGAGCUCAUGCGUCCAGACUUCAAGUUGCUGACAUGGACGGCAGAGGAUGUGGCUGCCUACACUGAAGAGGCCAGAACACUGGGAGUUCCCCUGGAGGCAGGAGAGGAACUCUACAUUGACAUUCAAAACUGUUUCAUGUCAAAGUAAACUUUAGGCAUGAUAUUUUUGUCUCUCCCCAAAACAAAUACUGUCCCACUUA